AUGGCCCCAGUUACUUGUUUGACAUUAACUAGAAAUGAUGCCUUUUUGGCUGUUGCUUGUGAAGAUGAAACUUUGAGAGUAUUUUCUCUUGUAUCGGCACAAGAAUUGCAUGAACUAGUUGGGCAUGAAUCGAGAAUUAAUGCUUUGCAGUCAUCUGCUGAUGAUUGCAAAUUAUUUGCUGGGACGAAAGGGAAAAUUCUUGUUUAUGAUAUUCAUAAUGGACAACUUUUGGAAAUUUUAUUAUUUCCGCAAGAAAGACAACCGAUUUCCUCAAUUAAAAUAAGUGACGAUGAUAGCUUUGUUUUGGCUGUAGCUGGUGAUAGAGUAAGUAUUUGGGCAACAAAUUCAAUAGACAGAGACGUUGCUUCCGCACACCAAAAGGAACAACAAAAAUUAUUAAAAGAAUUAAAUUUAAAUUAUCGAAGUAGAUCAGAAACUAAUGAAUCUGCAGAAAGUCAAACAUCUUUAAUUAAUAAUAAUUUAAUGGGUAAUAAAGAAGAAGGAAUAAAUGAUGAACAAUUACCUAAUAGUAGUGUUUCUUGUAUUCAAAUAGCACCAGAUGAGAAGGGAGCCGGUUGUGGAACUGUAGAUGGGGUUGUUGCUUUUUGGGAUUUAGAUGUUUGUCAAUGCAUGUGGACAAGUAGUCAACAAAGGACUGGGAAAGUGACUGCUUUGGGGUUUACUACAGAUUCUUUUUUGUUGUUAAGCGGAACUGAGCAAGGAAAUAUUCAUUUUUGGGCAACAGGGACAGGGCAAUUGCUUAAACAAUUACAGCUUCAUACAGACUCGAUUUUGUCCUUAAAUGUUUUUGUUGAUGGGGGAAGGAAUGCAGAAAUGGGUCAAGUAAUACCAACACAUCAACAACAACAAUACCAACCUUUAAGAGUUGUUUCUUGUGAUUCUUCGGAUAAUGCCCAUAUUUGGACUUUACCUUCCCUUGAUGAAAAUAGCCGGAAAAUAGAGUUUAUUGCCUCAAUUGCAAAUAUUUCCCCACCUCUAUAUGUUCGCCUUUCUGAUACAGUAAUUAUUGCUAAACACGCUUCCAACCCAAAAGAAAUGAAUAUAUGGACAUCUUCUGGUGAUAGAUUAUUUACUCGUUCUAAAGUUCAUCAUAGUGAACCAAUUUUGUGUUACGCAUUAAAUCGUUCUGGUACCAUGUUAAUUACAGGCUCUAUGGAUUGUUCUUUAAAGAUUUGGCAAAUGGAUACUGGGGGGUUACUUAUACAGGUAAAUUGUUUUUUGAUUUUUGUAGAAAGGGGAAAUUAAAUAGAAAAACAAAGUUUCGAACUUUUAGGGGGUUAUUUAGGGAAUAUUUAAAAAUUAAUUGUU